AAGAAGAAGAAGAUUAGUUAUUCGUCACGCCUCUUCACUUCUCUUGGACCGCCCAUCGUCCAUGUGCAGGAAAAAAAAAUCCCACAAUGCUUUGUUCGACAUGGCUGCCCCCUUAUUGGCGUGUGUGUAAGCCACACAUUUGAAGAUAAGAUAAGAAACUAAUUGUAAUUUUUGUGAAUCGUGUAAUUCGCAUGUGAAUAUUUGGAAUACAGUGUCCUUUUUCAAACAACGACGUAAAGAUGAAGAUCAAAUCCAAGUCGUCGUAUCACAAAUCUGAGAACACCUACAGGUUUCUCACUUUUGCUGAAAGACUUGCUAAUAUUAAUAUUGAUGUCAUCCAUCGUAUUGACAGAACUGGAUCUUAUGCUGAGGAAGUAGAAACAUACUUUUCUGAAGGGCUAACAAAAUGGAGAGACCUCAACUUGACAGAGCAUUUCACUGCAUUUUUGAGAGAGGUAUCCAACAAGAGCCAGUCAUUCAACAUGCUGGUUUUCCAUCAGAAGUCAAUAGUGGAUAGUCUGAAAACACACCUUGCUGUCAAGAACAGCCUGGCCUACCAGCCACUCCUGGACCUGGUGGUGCAGCUGGCUAUAGAUCUACAAACUGACUUCUACCCCCAUUUCCCUGAUUUCUUCAUUCUGAUCACCUCGCUACUGGACACAAAGGACACAGAGGUCCUGGAGUUGGCUUUCAUAUGUCUCUCCUACCUCUACAAGUACCUGUGGAGGCUUAUGGUGAAGGACAUAAUCAACAUUUACAGUUUAUACAGCACACUUUUGGCACACAAGAAGGAGCACAUCCGCAAGUUUGCAGCAGAAAGCUUCUCUUUCUUGAUGAGAAAGGUUCCAGAUCUUGAUGGCCUGCUGACUCAUGUGUUCUCAGACCUGCAGCAGCACCCCGACAAGUCAGAGGGAGUGGGUCGGCUGCUCUUUGAGAUGUGCAAAGGAGUCCGAAACAUGUUCCACUCCUGUGCUGCAACUGUUUUGCCUAUGGCUCUGCGAAAGCUCAGUCCCACAAACAGCCCAGGGCUCUCUUUGCCAUGGGACUCUGUCAGGGGCGCACUGAAUCACAUGGCCCAGGCUGCAGCCAGUUAUGUUCACAGAGAACACUUCCUGGUUUUUUGGGAGUCCAUACAGGUCAGUGUGAUGGAGGUCCUUGAUGUCAUGGAGGCAAAGGGAGAAGAGGCAGACCAAGUGGUAGAGCAGCUGGAGAGGCUACUAUUCAUUCUCCACACUCUGGUAUCCCACGGGGAUGGAGCCAAGGUCACUAAGCCAGAGGCUGUCUGCCAGAUGGUGUUGCGGUUGAUUCAGAGCUCAACUCUGUCGACGUCCUGUUCCCAUCUUCUCCUCCAGAUCAUCUCCUCUCUGCUUCUUGGUGAGAACAUCACCCUGCCCAACGUACUCAUCCAGGAGACAGUUCAAAAGGUGUUUGUCAGUACAAUAGGGCAAGACCUGAUACUUGAAUUCACUAAGAAGAUGUUCACCAUGAAACAGUUUGAACAGCUCUUCCUCCCCAGCCUGCUACAAUUCACUGCUGGGUUGUUCAGCUGUGGCAAUGCCCUGUCUCGCCACUGUGGCCUGGAUGUUCUAGUCAGUCUGAUUCUCGCCAAAGCCCCACCCCCCACAGAUGGCUCCAUGGCCUUUGAAACCUACCCACUGCUGUUCACUGGCCAGACCACAGGUGUGUUUAGCAGUAAGGAGGCAGGUCAGGUGAGCAGUACAACAUCAGAGCAGCCAGCAGUACCAGAGCUGGUGUUGUCACUGAUCACAUUUCCUGAGAAGCAGAACCAGCCCAUCACUGACCUGUCCCUGCCUUGGGCUGCCCUGAUACUGCUGCCACACCUCAGACCUCUGGCUCCAGCUAGUGUUGCUCCUGCUGUGACUUCUUUUUUAAAUCACCUGCUGUGUGAAGUCGAGAGUGGGAAACUGGGGAAAGCUGGGCUGUUUGUAGCCAGGCAGACCCUGAGCUGCCUUCUAAGUCUGGACAGCUCUGCAGAGCUCCUGUCACUGGUAACUGUGGACAAGAUCAUAUCACUACUAAGGAAGUUUCCCACAGACCUGUCAGCUUUGCUGCUGGGCGACCUCUACUAUACCCGCCUGUCACUCUGUGGUGUUUCAAAGCAUCUGUCCCACAGUGCACUGCUUGAGGUCUAUGAGAUUCUGCAUUCCAACCUCUCCUCCAAUAUUUCGAAGAUCCGCCUCCUGACCCUGAGGAUUCUCUCUCAGUUUGAGGCAGAGGUCUCUCCACAGACUAAGGAUGAGAAUGUGGAGGUUCAGCCAGUGUUUGCAGUGUGCCUGCAGGCUGAGCUGGUGCCGGCUUCUGUUCAGGACUACAGAGACAAGCUGCUUCACCUCCGUAAGCUGAGACAUGAUCUUGUGCAGCGCAGCCUGCCGCGGGGGCUGUCUGACACUUUCCAGCAGGUGCCUCUGCGUUAUCUCAUUGCAAUGCUGUUUGUCAACUUCAGGCCACUGUGGGAUGCGGUCAUCGAACUUCUUUUGAGCCAUGCCAGAGGGAUGGACAACAGGGACUUCUGGAAGGUCUACUAUGAACAUCUGGAGAUGGUGGCAAGUUUAGCUGAAAACAAACUGCGGCAGGAUAUCAAAUAUGAUGUUGAUAACAAAGAGGAAGAGUACAGUCUUCAGGGUCAGCCUGGCUGUGAUGUCAUUGAAAGUGGGGAUGUUGGCGUGCUGUUCCUAGAGCAGCUGAAGUUGACCUCUGACCCCAUUGAGAGGACAGACUUCCUCAACUUCCGCAGCCUGCUGUGGCGCACUAUGGCUCAGUUCCCUGACAGGGUGGAACCACGGAGCCGGGAACUGAGCCCUCUGCUUCUCCGGUUUAUCAGGAGUGAGUUUUACCCUGCAGACCUGCUGGUGGCUCCCACUCAGGACCUAAGGAAGCGGAGCAAUGCUCCCCUAGAGGAGUCUAGUAUGGCUGUGGAAGAAGAGAGAGAGGAAGAUGAGCAGGAGGCAGAGGAGGAAAGCAGACAGCAGAGGAAGACACUUCCAAGAAGAGCUGCUGCCAAACAGCUAAUCGCUCAUCUGAAGGUAUUUGCUAAAUUCACCAAUCCUCGUGCUCUCUACCUGGAGGGUAGCCUCAGUGAGCUGUAUAACCAGUUGCUCUGCCAUCAGGACCAGCAGAUUCAGCGAGUGGCUCUGGAAUGUGUUCUCACAUACAAAGACCUCAACAUAGUACCAUACAAAGAGAAUCUUGAGAGGCUUCUGGAUGACAAAUGCUUCAAAGAGGAGAUUGUCCAUUUCAAUAUUUCUGAGGAGACAGGAGUGGUCGAUGCUUCACACAGAGCCAGACUCAUCCCACUUCUCAUGAGGAUCCUGUUUGGGCGUCUGUGCAGUAAAGCAGGUAGUAAGUUCCAGGGGAAGGCCAGCGCUGCAUCCCGGUCCUCCAUCAUUCUGCGUUUCCUGGCAGGUUGUCAGGCUGAGGAGCUGGGGAUGUUCAUUGACCUGCUGCUAGAGCCCGUCUCGCAUCACAGCCAAGGCUCCACUCUGGCAGCAGUGGAGAGGGCAGUGGCUGAAACAGAUGUGGGUGCCAUCCUGCCGCUGGCCCGUCAGCACAGUCUGCUGAAUAUUAUAAAUGUGGUGAUCCAGAAACUGGGCCACCUCAUCUUCAUCUACCUGCCCAAAGUGCUGCAGAUCCUGCUUUGUGUCACUGCCUCUGUGUCCACUGUCCUGGACAACAGGCACCAGCUGUGGGCAGGUUGCAUCAGUCCUCUGAAGAACCUGCGGCGACUCGGCAUCCUGAGGACCCUGGACUUUUUUGACCGCUUUGACUGCUACAGCUUCAGUUCAGAUGAGCUGGAUGCGGUUUUUCAGGCUGUGGUCUGGCCUCAGGUGUGUCGUCUCCCCACAGAGAGCCCCUAUUCCCCGACCCCUCUACUAAAGCUCAUCCAUGUGUGGUGCAAAAAUGCCAGAUACUUCCCCCUCUUGGCCAAGCAGAGACCAAACCACCCAGAGUCUGAUGUCCUUCUGAAUGUCUUUGCCCUCCUCUCUGCUAAGAACACAUCCCCAGUGACCAUUGCCAUGGUAAUGGACAUAGCUGAGUCCCUAGCAACCACAGAGGACUUUGUUGCCUCAGAGACUGAGACAGAGCUGAGUGCCACCAGUUGUGUGUUCCCGCAGCCUGAAGAGGAUGCUCUCAUCAAUGCAGACACAUUGACUCAGGGCUCCAGACUGCUUCUGCCUCACAUCUCCACCCUGCUGCAGUACUUCACCAGAGUCAUACGUAACACUGACAGAUUCAGGAAGAAGAAAUUCAGGGCACAGGUGGCCAAAGAGCUCAACAUCCUUUCUAAGGUUAGUCAAUUUGUGAGUGACAAAGAGCAGAGCUCGGUGUUCAUCAGCUUGUUGCUACCCUACCUCCAGAAAGGCAACAAUCCUCAAGAGACAGAAAUUGACAUCUUGGCCACUGUGCAGAACCUGCUGCGACAGUGUGUGCAGCCUUCCGCCUUCCUGCGCCCACUCAGCAAACUCUUCUCCAUCAUCCAUAACAAGAUGUCCAGACAGGCCCUCACCAAUGUCUUCCAGACUCUGUUAGAUCUGGAGCCUUCACUCAGUUACAUCACUGACCUAGCAGCAAAGCUUAAUGCAUUUGAUAGUCGACACUUGGAUGAGGUCUACUUUGACAUGCGUCUGACAGCUUUCCAAGAAGCUACAAGGCGAGUCAGAGAUAUGCAGAUUCUGGACCUGGACUACAUCAGCAUCCUUAUACACAACUGUUUCCAUACCUAUGAGAUUGGUGAUAUGUCACUGGCAGACAAUGCCACCUUGUGUGUGUCUGCAGUGAUAACUCAGGUGGCAGCAGUUGGAGCUGGAGAACAAGUUUACAAGGACAUUAUACAACACACAAUCCUGGACGCUGUACACAAGGGGCUCCGCAGCAAGACAGAGAGAGUGCAGCAUGAAUACACCACUGUACUGGCCUGCCUGGUGAAGACCUUUCCCUCCAAGAAAGAGUUCAGAGACCUGGUACAGCUCACUGACUGUAAUGAUCCUGAUUCGGACUUCUUUGAGCACAUGAAACACAUCCAGAUCCAUCGGCGGGGUCGGGCCCUGAGGAAGUUGGCCAAGCAGCUGACCCAGGGCACCGUGGUGAUGACAUCCCGUUCUCUCCAGAAUUACAUCAUGCCAUACGCCAUGACCGCCCUCUUAGAUGAAAAGAUGCUCAAGUAUGAGAACAUGACAUCAGCGUCGGUGGAGGUGGUGGGUGCGGUAUGUUGCAGGCUGACCUGGUCUAAAUAUCUCUACUACCUGAAACAGUUCAUCCACAUCCUGCAGACUGCACAGGCUGAACAGAAAUUGGCUGUAAGCUUGCUAGUCACAGUCCUUGAGGCUUUCCAUUUUGACCACCAGACCCUCAGCAGAGAAAUGGAGGCUGCUAAGGCCAGAGAAGCUGGGAGUGUCAAGAUCAAUGAGGAUGGUGAGGACGGAGCUGCUGCCGACAAAUCAGACUUAAGAGAUGAUGAAGAGGCAAUGGAGAUUGACAGGAAGACUGCUCCUUCUGAUACUCUCAUGGAAAUGGACAGUAGUAAUAGAGAAAAGGAUGAUGUCUGUCUGGAAACAACCACCACUAAAGCCAAGGGGCCAGUAGCUCCUAAACCUGCUGAGGUGGGCAUCGGGCUGCCACAGGGCAAAGAGGAGCUGGAGACUCUGAUCAGUACCAUCCAUCAAACUGUUAAUGACAGCGUGUUGCCACGACUGCACAAGUGUCUCACAGCAAAGGUAAAGCAUGAGGAGGAGCACAAAGCAGUGAAGUCUAAGGGUGUGAAAGAUGAGGAGGUGGCGAGGAUACCAUUAGCCUUUGCUAUGGUCAAACUGAUGCAGACUCUGCCUUCACAUAUCAUGGAGGUCAACCUCCCUGGGAUUCUGAUCAAGGUGUGUGUGCUAUUGAGGAACCGUUUCCAGGAGAUCCGUGAUGUAGCAAGAGGAACACUGGUGAAGAUCAUUGAGACGUUGGGGUGCAGGUACCUGCAGUACCUGCUCAAAGAAAUGCAGGGCAUCCUGGUCAAGGGCUACCAGGUUCAUGUUCUAACAUUUACAGUAUAUCAGCUGCUGUCAGCCCUUAGUCCAACUCUGCAAAGUGGUGACCUGGACCCCUGUAUGGACAUGCUCAUUGAUAUCUUCAACAAUGAGCUGUUUGGGGCUGUGGCUGAGGAGAAGGAGGUGAAGAAGAUUGUCUCCAAGCUGAUGGAGGCUCGACACAGCAAGAGCAUGGAUUCCUAUGAGCUACUGGCCAAGUUCUGUAGCAAGGAGAGCAUCACCAAGCUCAUACUACCACUGAAAGAGAUCCUAGAGACAACAUCCAGUCUGAAGGUGUGUAACCGGGUGGGUGCUGUGCUUCGGCGACUGGUCCUGGGCCUGCUUGUCAAUGGGGGCAUGACACCUCAGGAUAUCCUACUGCUGAGUCAUGGCCUGGUCAGCCAGAGUCUGCCAUUGCUCACCAAGAGAGACCGCGAGAAAGCCAGAGCUCAGCCUCCUUGUGACCCCAGACUGCCUCCUCCCAGUUGCUUGCUCCUGCCUCCAGCUCCAAAGAGGGGUGGUCAAAAAGCUCCAGUCAGCAGCCGAACCAACAUGCACAUCCUGGUGGAUGCAGGCCUCAAGCUGCUCCACCUGAGUCUGAAGAAAUCCAAAGUGACAUCAUCUGAGGCCUCAGCUCUGGAGAUGCUUGAUCCUUUUGUACAGCUGCUGCUUGACUGCCUCAACUCCAUGCAUGUCAAGGUGAUCACAGAGGCUCUGGUGGCAUUCACUUGGCUGUUGAAGUUCCCUCUACCUGCAGUGGAGCAGAAUGCUGGCCAGCUGACCAAGCAGCUCUUUGUCCUGCUGCAGGAUUAUUCCAAGGCUGGAGCUGCCCGUGGGGAGAAUUACCACCUGGUCCAGAACUGCUUCAAGGCCAUCACCAUACUUGUGAAGAACUUCAAAAGCAACAAAAUCUCUGAGGCACAGCUUCAGGUGCUGCUUGGAUAUGCUGAGGAGGACAUCUACGAUCAGUCCCGCCAGGCCACUGCCUUUGGCCUACUAAAGGCAAUUCUGUCCAGGAAGUUGAUUGUUCCGGAGAUGGAGGAGGUGAUGAAAAAAGUGGCCAAGCUCUCUGUUACAGGCAGCAAUUCUAUGAUAAGAAUCUACUGUCGACAGAUCUAUCUGAAGUACCUGCUGGACUACCCACUGGGGAGGAAGCUGAAAGGACACCUGGACUUUGUGGUGGCCCACCUGCACUAUGAGCACGACACAGGCAGGGAGUCUGCACUGGAGAUGCUGGCAUACAUCUUUCAGACUUUCCCUCAGAACCUGCUGUUGAAGCACAGUGGCCUGUUCUUUGCCCCACUGGCCCUGGUCGUGGUCAACGAUGACUCUGCACAUUGUAAAAAAAUGGCUGCCUUGGCUAUCAAGGACCUGCUGACCCAGCUGGACUUGAACCACCAGAACGCCCUGUUUUCUCUUGUGAACACCUGGCUGAAUGCAGAAAAGCCCUGCCUGCGGCGUCUCGGGGCUCAGAUUUGUGGUCUGUUCGUAGAGGUGGAAGAGGAGAAGUUUGCCCAUCGCUUGGAUGACUUACUGCCUUUGCUGGAGAGAGAGAUCAACCCUGACAACUAUGAAGACAUUGAAGAGGAGCAGGAGGAGAAAGGAGCAGAUAGGCUGUUGUUCAGUUAUCUGACUCUUGUCACCAAACUGAGUAAACACUGCGGCCUGCUGGAGCUCAGCAAGCCCCAUGGCACACUCUACCGAAUCUGGGGUCAUAUUGAAGCCCACCUUCGCUACCCUCACUGCUGGGUAUGGCUGACAGCCUCGCAGCUCUUUGGUCAGCUGUUUGCUGCCCGACAAGCAGAGCAGCUGAUUGCUGUUUGGAGAGGAGAGAGUGGAGAUGCUUCAUCUCAGCCUGCUGCCACAGCCUUUAUCACCAGCAACCUGGACAAGAAGAUGAGAGAGUUGGCAUUGGCGUUCUGCCAUCAGCUGCAAUCAAAGUUCCUUGACGUAGGAUCUGGAGAGCAGGUGAUCAAGAACCUGCUGUUUGUUGGCAAGGUGAUCUACCUCAUUUCCCCCGAGUCUGAUGUGGAAGAAGUGAAGGCGGAGGAGCGGCAGGAGAAUGGAUAUGAAGAAGGGGAAAAAAGAGAUGAGGGAGAAGAGGACAAAGAUGACACGAAUGAUCGACCUCCUUCCCUUCUGUGGCUGAUGAAGAAGCUGUCACUGAUGGCCAAGAGAGAGGCAGCGUACACUCCCAAAGUUCCGUUAAAGAGAACGUGUGUGUUCAAGUUCCUGGGAGCAAUAGCGAUGGACCUGGGGAAGGAAAGGCUUCGCCCCUAUCUGACUACUAUCAUCACUCCUCUGUACAGAGAGUUGGACAGCACGUACACAGACCAAGAUCCCACCUUGAAGAACCUGUCACAGGAGCUGAUCGAGCUGUUGAAGAGACGAGUGGGACUGGAGACUUUCUCAUUGGCAUUCUCCUCUGUCCAGAAGGAGUUUUCACAGAGGCGAGCUGAACGAAAACGACACAGAGCCAUGCAGAUGGUGGCUAACCCAGACAUCGCUGCCAAGAAGAAGCUCAAGAAGCACAAGAACAAAAUCGAAGCCAAGAAGAGGAAGAUUGAGUUCCUCCGGCCUGGAUAUAAAGCAAAGAAGCACCGGAGCCAUGCACUCAAAGACCUGGCGAUGGUGCAGUGAGUCAUGUGGGUGGCUACAUCUGUUUAUUGAGGAUAACUAGCUGGGGAUGAAAACUGGCCAGUUGACCCAGUAAAAUGACUCAUUUUCAUUUAGCAGGCAGGUGUUAGUUGGACAGGCUCACCUCAUGUUGUUACAUAAUGAUUUGAAUUAUUCUAAUUGUCAGUUGAACAAGAAAAUGACAUUGAACAGCAGAACAUGAAAUCUAUUGGUUUCUGCUGUGAACGGACUGUAGGGUUGUCUCUGAUAUAUAUCCUGUGCAGUUAAAUGUACAACUUUUUAUAAAUAAAGAUUUGACACUGUUAGUGAUCGUUUCAUG